CAGGAACAAAUGAAACAAUGUCUAGCCUAUUUAUACACAAGGGCUAUCAAGAGUAACAAAACACACCUGGAAACAAAUUGGGAACUAACCAACAUGAAAAACUACAAAAGGACUUCAAAGAUGGCAGACAAAACAGAAAACAGGAAGUGAAACAAAAGUCCAGGGACAAACGCAGAGAACGCAUGACACAUAUACUGUUACAGUACAGAAGGGUCGGAGACGACAGGAAACAGAGAUGGAGAUCGUGGAUGGUAGCAGAGUGGCGUUGGAGUUUGAACAGAGAAGACACUUCGGAACUCACACGGACAGAGGAACACAGAAGGAGACUGGGAACACGCUGGAGAGAACUUGGAAUCUUCUGGAGACAAGUGAGUAGGUAUACGGGAGUCCUUAAGGUAAGUAUAGAGGUAAGUCUAUGUACAAACAAGACCGGACGAUGAGUCUGUCUGUGUGUCUGUCUGUCUGUCGAACUGGUGGUGAUUGCGGUGCUGAUGAAGUGCAGGUGCGUGUGAUCAGUACUCUGGUGAGGGAGUGCGCUGUGAUUGGGUGAUGUUAGAGCCUGGCGUGUCUGUGACAAAUACAAGCUUAAAUAUAUAAAGCUUUUAAAAUGGCUAAUGCUAAUGUGUUUUCUUUUGAGCUCUUUCAGACCUUGUAUACAUUAUUAAAUCCAGCUAACUCACUUUCAUUGAUAUAGUCAGAUUUUCUUUCAGCUGCCCUCUAAAACUUUCACUGCUGCAGCAGUUUAUUCCUGCCUUAUAAAUGACAUCACACGCGACACAUAUAACACUGAUAACAGCUGAUAACAGCAAUCAUUGUGAGAGAAUGGCGGCCUCUACUGGAGACUUUUGGGAAUUAAGUCUAAUCUGUAUAUGUAAUGCAAGACUAAACUAUAGAGUGGAGUGGACUCAAAAUGAUUUGCAUAUUUACAAUGUGUUUAUUAAUGUAUGUCUCCAGAAGUGAGACAGUUUCGUCGGGAUGCCCUCUGUCUUAUUACAGUAGGCCUAUGUCAAUUCUCAAACAUUACAAGAUUCAGCAGGUUAAAUCUGCAAAAACAAGCCCUGACCAAUGACAACGGAUGCAGACCGGAUGAGAAACACACUGAUCUGACAAAACCUGAUGAACAAGUCUAUUAGCGUUGGUGUGAAUUGUGAAAUAUUAUAAAAUUUGUGAAUUGUAAAACAAAAGCUCUGAGAUCCGGCUGCACCAGCUGGACGUAAAGAAGUUGGUCUUUCACAGGUUUAGAUGUACGUCCAGCCUUGUCAUAAAUAUUUACACUUGUUUCACCUAAAAAAAACUAUGGGUAGGUGCAGUUAUGGCCAGCGUAGACGAUUUGCAUUUUACCACAGACAUUGAUCAUUGAGAUGCCAUUCACACUUUCAGUAUAAGAGGCUGUGACACUAGAGUCAGUUGUAUAGAGCUAAUGAAGAAAACAAGUUGAAGCUGAAGAUGACACAAGUUUUUAUUCAUCAGAGUUUAUCAGACACCAGUUAUAAAGGUAACAUUGCUUCCUAAAAUAGUGGGUUAUUAAUAAAUAGUAGGACCUGUUUACACUUAGUGUAUGGAAUAACCUACACAAAUUUAUGAAGCAAAUUUUAUUUUAAAUGAGUAGCAUCUCUUGCAGAGAAUCUGAACCAGUCUUUAGUGGUGCAGACAGCUCCAAAAAAACACAACAACUGUACCUCCUCGAAGGACAAGAAAUCUGUGUUACUGGAAAAAGAAAUUAUGAGAGUGGAGAUGGAGAAAGAGUGGAAAAUUAAAAGCUUGAGCUCAAGAAAUGGAAACUUGAAUUAGAAAUCUGGUUAUUAAAGAAAAAGGCCAGCUACACAUUGAAAAACAUUUCGUCAGGUUUAUAUUCAGUUUUUACUGACUUUUAGUUUGUUUUUCAUUGUCCUCCUGUGUUUGAGCUCCUGCUUUUCCGCUCAGGGGUGCGUUUCCCAAAGCGAACUAUGGUCGCAAGUUCCGUCGUUACCAAUAGAGUUCAAUGGGACUUACGACCAUAGUUGACUAACGAUGCUUUCGGGAAACACACCCCUGUUUAGUUUCCUUGGUUACUCAUUAUGCACUAGUGUGUUUCUAUGGUUACCAACUGAGUUGUACCGACAUGUCACUCGUAUUGUUUUGAAUGGGAGAAAGUGUAACGCGCAAUAUGGCGGAAUAAGUCCCGCCUUCAAAAUAAGAGCCAAUCGCCGACUUGUAAAGUCAUCGCGUCACUGCAGCGGCCGUUAGAAGCACCGGUUUCUAUAGAAACAGUCAGACGCGCGCCUCCGAAAUGAGGCACAAGAGACGCGCAUUUAGGUCUGCGCAUGCGCAUUAGCUUGAUCCAGCCUGAAAAAUGCUUUUUUUUUUUUUGGCAUGAUUCGAGCGUUUAGAAACUAAAUUUAUGAGCCGGUUGUUGUUAGAUUUCAUUGGUGAUUUCAAAUAUGAAAUUUAAUCGUACGGUUGGCGAACAGUUUUGGAGAAUUUGAUGUUUCCCCAUUCAAAGAGAUAGGAGCUGCAUGAUGCCCAGGAUGCCCGAGAGGCGUUUCAAAGAUGGCCGCCGAGUGAAAUGACUUGUCGUUGUACACCUGUGUCUUGUUCAGUUAUUCAUUCUGUGUUUGGUACAUCUUUUCAUGUAAAGCUGUUAUGUUGAUUUUGUUGAAUUACCAUUUUUGUUUUCUUUGAUAAUUAGAGUAUUUAUUGCAAGAUCCUCCUCUCCUUGUCUUUUCCAGAGUCAGAUGUGACACAUUUGAUGUAGAAACAAUUUUUACUCAGAAAUUGCUAUUAAAUUUCACAAUUAAUUACAAAGAAAUGGCAAUUAACACAUUGAAUUAAACAUUACAUUUUGAAGUAAAAAGGCUGGAAUAGUAUUUUCUUAUAAACUGUACUCCAAUAAUCUUUGUUUUUGUUAAAAUUUUGAAAUUAUUUUUUUUACAGUGUCCAUAAUCAAGAAUGACGUUACAGGGGUGUCAGUUUGAUCUUCUACAUACUAACAGUUCAAGAAUGUCAAAUUAUUUUUCCCAACAGAAGAAUAGAGGAAUCAUUCUGACAAAUAUAGAGAUUCAACCUCAAUUACCUCAUGUUUGAAAAGACUGAAGAUGUUUUAAAGGAAGAACAGCAUUCUGUCAUCAUUUACUCAUCAUGUCGUUCUGAACCCAAGUGACUUUCUUCUGUGGAUCACAAAAGACAUUUAGAAAUACAUACAAUUUCAAUUUCUUCUUACAAACAGACACACAUGAACCAACACACUGAAUACAGAGACAAAUGUAAAUGUGUAAAUACAGGAGGAGCUCUGACAUCACUGUAGUUCAGAGAGAUUCAGAGAAAUUGAACCUUGAUCAACAACGAUAUGGACACCUGAGACGAUCAACUUCUUUAAACAACAGAAUAUUUAUUGAGCCGUUCAAAGAACCUUGUGGACACAUCUGAUACUCACAGAGGUUAAUAACAUUGAAGAGUUGUUCACAAGAGUGAAUGAACUGUGUGCUCUUUGAAAUGAUCUGAUGUGAAAUAUUAUUAUGAAGAAUAAGUAAAACUAAAUCUGACCCUUGAGAGGGGAAGAACAAUGGCAGAAUCUUCACCAACAUCAACAAAAGCAAGAAAAAACAUGAGACGAAGUAUUGAGGAGAAACGUUCAUCAAUGUCAUCCUCCAGCGGUCCACUGACUGAGGAGCUUCAGUGCUCUAUAUGUCUGGACGUGUUCACUGAUCCAGUCAGCACUCCAUGUGGACACAACUUCUGCAAGGCCUGUCUGAAUAAGUGCUGGAACAACAGCCAGACCUGCAACUGUCCAUAUUGUAAAGAAACAUUCAAGCGAAGACCUGAUCUCAAGAUUAAUACCACACUUCGAGAAGUUGUAGAUCACUAUAAAAAGAAAAGUCCUGAAAGAAAACCUGAAGUUCUGAAAAAACCUGAAGUUCUGUGUGACGUCUGUGAGGAAAGAAAGCUGAAAGCCCUGAAGUCGUGUCUGGUGUGUCAGAGCUCUUACUGUGAAACUCACCUGGGGACUCAUUUGAGAGUGGCAGGUUUAAAGAAACACAAACUGAUCAAUCCUGUGAGGAAUCUGGAGGACUAUAUAUGUCAGAAACAUGAGAAACCUCUGGAGCUGUUCUGUAGAGAUGAUCAGACGUGUGUGUGUCCGAUCUGCACUUUAACAGACCACAAGAACCACAACACUGUACCUAUAGAAGAGGAGAGUGAAGAGAAGAAGACUCAACUGAUGAAGACACAGAAAGAUGUGCAGCAGAUGAUCCAGGACAAAAUCAAGAAGAUUCAAGACGUCAAACACUCAGCAGAAGUCAGAAAGAUAAACACAGAAAAGGAGAAAGCAGCUCGUGUUGAGCUCUUCACUGAUCUCAUCCGCUCCAUUGAGAGAUGUCAGACUGAACUGCUGGAGAUGAUGGAGGAGCAGCAGAAAGCAGCAGAGAAACAGGAGGAAGUGCUCAUUGAAGAGCUGGAGCAGGAGAUCACUGAGCUAAAGAUGAGAAACACUGAGCUGGAGCAGCUCUCACACACUGAAGAUCACCUCCGCCUCCUACAGAUUUACUCAUCCCUGUGCAGCUCUAGAAACACCAGGAACUGGUCUGAGAUCAGUGUGAAGACUGAGAGUCUGGAGACUCUGAGGAGAGCUCUGACUCAACUGCAAGACACUCUACAGGAGAAACUCACACAAACUGUGCUGAAGAGGAUGCAGCAGUAUGAAGUGGAUGUGACUCUGGAUCCUGAUACAGCUCAUCCUCAACUCAUCCUCUCUGUUGAUGGAAAACAAGUAAGACAUGGAGACAUUUGGCAGAAACUCCCAGACAAACCAGAGAGAUUUAAUAAAUGUGUAUUUGUCCUGGGAAAGGAGGGAUUCUCCUCAGGGAGAUUUUAUUUUGAGGUGCAGGUGAAGGGAAAGACUGAAUGGACUUUAGGAGUGGUCAGAAAAUCCAUUAACAGAAAGGGAGAGAUCACACUGAGUCCCAGAAAUGGAUUCUGGAUUGUGGUUCUGAGGAAUGAGAAUGAAUAUAAAGCCUGUGCUGAUUCUCCCGUCUCUCUGUGUCUGAGUGUGAAGCCGCAGCGGGUCGGUGUGUUUGUGGAUUAUGAGGAGGGUCUGGUCUCCUUUUAUGAUGUGGAGUCCAGCUCUCAUAUCUACUCUUUCACUGGUCAGUCUUUCACUGGGAAACUCUAUCCAAUUUUUAGCCCGUGCUUUAAUAAUAAAGGUAAAAACUCAACUCCACUGAUCAUCACACCUGUCAAAUACAAUAAAUGAAUGUACACCCUAAUAUGAAAUACACAUGAAAAUAAUGAUUUAUAUAAUUAAAAAUGUAAAAACAUGUUUUCAUUGUUAGAAUCCAUCACUUCUAGCUAUAAUUGCACAUUUUAAUAUAAAAAUAUGCUUGUUUAACAAAAUUUUUUUUCAACUUUUCAUAAUUAUUCAUGCCAUUUCUUUUUCUCCUCCUGAAAAAAUAAAAUUGCCUGAAAUUUUGUUUACAUAAAAAUAAACUAUGAGAACCUUAAUAAACUGACUGAAUGA